UCGUAUGUUUGCAUGCCAUCUCAUGGGUAUUCACCGAUGUCAUCCAUCGCAGCUGUUCAUGACGCACGAAAAGGAAAGACAGACAGACAGACGGACGGACCGAUAGAGCGGCUCCUCAGCACAGAUUCAUUCAUGCGAAUGAUGAACGACAUGAACGAAUGGCUGCAAGCAUGAGGUCGAUUCGCCGCUCUCAAGUCCACCACGAACACGCCACUGCCCCCCAGACGAGCACUGCCAUACAAAUUGAUACCCCUGCUUCACGCACUUCAUCAAAAAUUCUAUCUGCCUCUCUCUCGCCCUUCCUCAGAUUGCAAAGCUGGACGAGAAUCAGACAGUGACAGAUGCAGAGCCUCUCUGUGCAUCUGUCUGCCGUCGUCGCAGCCGAGAUACGCCAUCUCGAGGCAACGGCCACAAACAACACCCUCCCCACCUCCCCUCAUCUAUCCAUCCAUCCAUUCAUGUACUCAUCUGAGCCGUGGCUCCCCGAAAAGGCUGCGUUUGUAUCUGAACUCGGCCUUGCCGCGGUUGAGGAAGCCCAAACCCUCCGGCCCGCCCCGCCGCGCUCCCCGGUACUUGACAUUGGGGUCGUCAUAGAGGGGAAUGCCACCAAAGCCCUUCCGCCACAACUCGGGCUUCCUCUCGCCUCCUGUGGCAGCGGCAUCGCCGCCGGCAGCGAGCAUCAGCUGCUGGGCGGGGGGGAUGGCCAUACCUGAAGCCAGGAGAGAGGGGUGCAUGGAUGAGUGGGUGUGGUGGUGGUGUUUUGGCAUCCUCACCGUCGGCUGCGGCGACCUCUGCGUCGAAUUCCGCGAGCUCUGUGCGGACGCGCUGCUCCUCCUGAUACACACACGCACACACAGAAGGACGGCGCGUGUGUCUUUCCUCUGUUUGUUGUUGCGUUUGGUCUCAUGGUCUGUCCUACAUACCUGCAGUAGCCACAUGGGUUUGAUGUAUCUGACUUUGCAGCCCCUGGCACGCAUCACCUCCAAGUAGUGCACCCACUUCAGAUUCGGACGGGGCUGCAUAUGUGUGGCAACACACAUACGCACACAUAUACACAUGGAUCGCCGCCCUAAUGCGAUGUGUGGUGUGGUGUGGCGGUACUGACCGUCUUGGGAAGCACUUCGAAUUUGUAUGGUCGGAGAUGGGCACGCAGCGUCACUCGAGUGCGGUAGGUGAUGUUGAUCGAACCUGACACGUACGUACAUCAACAAGCAAACAGGUAUGUAUGCGAAGCGAAUGAAUGUAUCCGCGCGUCCUGCCCGUGAGUGCACUUGCAUACCUCCGACUUUGUUGAUCAUGUCGAUGGAUGACUGAUCCGCCCCCGCCACCUCUAUGUCAAUCUUGUAGGGGAACGGAUAGUCAUUCUGACAACACACACACACACACCCCACCCGUUUCUCACUGACACAUGGGGGGACCGCCAGGAUGACCUACUUACAUAGUUGAAGAGCCGCACGCCCCUCUUGACCCGACAACACCGCGACUCGUGCAAAUGACGCUGCGUGAUGGGAAACCUGCACACAACCAACAGAGGAACACCCAUCCAGCCAUCCAUCUAUCGACCAUUCCCACCCCAGCUACCGCCUACCGUGUGUCGAGCAGCCCCCUCUCAAUCCAUUCCCUCAGCUUUGCCAAACUCAGGGGGUCCAGCCCCUUGCGCCGCCGCUGCAUCCAUGCCUCGGGCCACUUGGGCAGCCGCUUGAACAGAGGCGUGUUGCCGCCCUCAAACGUGCGGGCGCCUUGUCGGUAGUGCGGCGCGCUGUCGUGCUUGUACACUAUGCCGCGCCAGUUCUUGCCGCGGCCAAUCUUCUUGUGACCACGCUUCAAACCCUGACCAAGGCAUGGAAGAAACACAAACACACUCACAAGAGAGAAGAUUGCGGCAUAGGAAACAGGCAGACGACCAGGCGGCUGCUGACGUCGGCUGACCUUUCGUCUGAUAUUUCUGGGUUCGAUGGGAAAGAAUGGCCGGUUGGAGAAUGCGAAGCGGCGGUUGAAGGGGUGCGGCCGAAACUGACCCGUCUCCCCAUCGUUGAACUGCUGAUCUGUGUGAUAACUCCUCCACCACUCCACAUGCUGCAGGCGCUUCGGUGAGGCUGCAAAAAAUGCAGAUCUGCUCCCAAAAGGCGGAGCACCGAUGGUGCUUGCGAGGCUGCUGACACAUCGGGCAGCGACUCGUGGUGGUGCGGAUGUAGCAGCGGCAGGUGAGGGGCAGAAUGAGGGCAGCAGUGGUGCCGUGAUGACCCGAGAAUGCAGCGCCUUCAUAGCCGUUUCAUUCAAAGAUCCGCGACCAUUAUCAGAGCCGGGGGAAAUCCUCAU